AUGUAUGUGAUUUAUGAUAGUCUAAGUGUCUACCUUUAUGACUUUAUGAUUACUCUGUACCGUCCUUCUGACUUUGUCUCAAUAAUGGAGGUAUUCUCAUUUUCUUCCUCAACAGCAAUAGUGUGUCUGGUGAGCGUGAUCGCUGGUGUGAUUCCGUUAUGGGCGUUGAAGAUGGUGUACACGCUGUGGCUUAGGCCUAAGAGGUUCGAGAAACUUCUGAGAGCACAAGGUCUUCGUGGUGACCCAUACACCUUUUCACUUUUCACCCCAAACCAAAACCCUGCUCCACAAAACAACCCUCAAUCGCAAUCUUUUCUUGUCUCCGACGAUGUUGCUCCUCGCUUGUCCUUGCUGCCUAACAACACUGUUGCCAAAUACGGUUCACUUUUCCUACCUCCUCAAAAUUUGUAGCUAUACAUAACAUGCAUUCAGUUUGGGCAUGAAAGUGAUGUUUUUCGGUG